ACGACGGGAAGGCCUCUGCAGGUAGGUAACCUGGCCUGCAGUGGCAGCUAUGCUACAGGAAAAUUAGUUGGCGAUGAUGGCUCUGAUAUCGAAGAGUUGCAGAAGGCCACUCAAGCCAUCAAGAAACUUGGCCUCAGUGGAGCAAUUUCCAUAACCUCCACUCAAGGCCAAAAAAGAAGGCGUCAGACUACUGCGUCUGACGAGGAGGAGGAUCUAAUUGCGGGAUCCUCGAAAUCUGAAGAAGUAUGUUCAAAGACGUCGGUUCGUUUGUUGGAACCGGGUCGGCUGGCGGAAAAGGCCAGAAAYUUGAUCUCCGCCGCAGAUGAAGAAAGGAGGAGAUCCAAAAAUAUAAAGGGAGAGGUGUCUGGGCGCAUGAAAGGUAGCCUCAUGGGUGCCUUGAGCCUAGUCRCAGAAAUGGAGAGACGCCUUAUUCAGAGGGACGAGAUCCUCUCUGAGAGCGAGGCAAUAAAAUCCCUAAGGAGAGAGCUGAAGGAGCUGGAAGCUCGCCAUGAAGCAGCUCUUGAGAAAAUUAAAACAUUAGAGCAGAGCCAGAGGGCCAAAAAAUGUACUUUGCCCCCACCCCCCUCCACUGAUAGCAACAUGGACAAAGUCCUGGCAGAGGUGCGAGCUCUUGCCAGAUCGGUGGCAGAGUUGCAGCGUUCGAAGAAGGACUUGUCGGCUCCUGCUGCGGCUGUAUCUGCGGCUCCGGCUGCAAUAAAAUUUAAUUUUGGGACUAAGACGGGUGGUGUAUCUGGGCUGGGAGCGGGUGCUACUCCACGCCCGGUGCUUUUUACACCACAAACCAGUGGGGUGCCAAGACCGACCGACGGCACCCACCGAAUUAAGCCCAGGGCUAUGCCGGAACCUGCGUCUAAAAAAGACGAGAGUUUCGCGGUAGUACUGGGAAAGAAAAAGCGCAGGGCUAUGGCGAAACUUGCCAAACCUGCGCCUUGCCAGGGCACUGUCCCCACCGCUGAAGAAAUCCCUUCAAAAGGGAAGAAACAAAAUGCUAUAGGAGUUAAAAAUACUUCUUCUAAAAAACAAAACAAGACUAAACGUGACAGGGGAGUGGAGCGGUCUGCGGCUAUCUCCCUCACGUGCCCGGGGGAACUUUCGUACCGGGACGCCGUACUCCGAGCAACGGAGAAGAUUAACCUCAAAGAGCUCGGGGUUACGGACAUGAGGUACAGAAGAGGCCUUACAGGCUCCCUGAUCUGGCAAAUCCGAGGUUCCAAUGCCAAUAAAAAGGCUGAUAGCGUUGCUGAGGCCCUUAAGGGAAUCCUCCCRGAGGCCAAAGUUGCAAGGCCUCAGAAAAUGAUCGACGUGCGGCUCAUUGGCCUGGAUGUUGCCGCUACAAGCACGUCGAUUAGGUGCUCUUUAAUGGAGACCAAAUCGGGAAUAGACCCGAACUCCAUAAAGGUUGGGGAGAUACGCGCGGGCCGUGGGAGAGCGGGAGAAGUAACCGUCUCUGUUCCUGCUGCCAUGGCUUACGCAGCCCUAAAAAAAGGGAAAAUUGUGGUCGGGCUCUCGACCGUUAGAGUCAAAGAGCUCAAACAAAGACCACUAAAAUGCUACAGGUGCUGGGCCAGAGGACACGUAGUGGCCUGUUGCCCGUCAACGACCGACAGGGUUGGCCUGUGUUUCAUGUGUGGCAAGCCGGGGCACAAGGCCAAGGAUUGCACCGAGAAGAAACCCUGUUGCCCGGUUUGCUCGUCUGCGGGGCGCCCUCAGACAAAUCACCGGGCUGGAUCCUGGGACUGCCCAAUUGUCCCUCCCAAGAGGGAGGGGAAGGCAGUGCCCUCUCCGGAAAUGAGGGCAUCCGUUGUUAAUGAUACAACGAAUAAUUCAACCGCCGCGUUGGAGGAAGUUGAGAUGGAGGUCAUCGCCUCCGACACUGGCGGUAUUGAUGAAGUCAACGGAUCCAAAGAGGAUUCAGAUGAUCAAACAACUGCAGGCGAUAAUCCUGACAAUAAUUAA